CGGUGGCCCCAGCUGGGGCCCGUGACCAUGGGCAUCGCCGAGUCCACUCCGGACGAGCUGCCGUCGGACGCAGAGGAGCAGCUGCGCAGCGGCGAACAGCAGCUGGAGCUGAGCGGGCGGCGGCUGCGGCGGCUGCCCAGCGCUGUGUGCGCGCUGAGCCGCCUGCAGAAGCUGUACGUGAGCGGCACGGGGCUGCGCGAGCUGCCAGAGGAGAUCGAGGAGCUGCGCGAGCUGCGCAUCCUGGCGCUCGACUUCAACAAGCUUGAGAGCCUGCCCGACGGCCUGUGUCGCCUGCCGCGCCUCACGCGUCUCUACCUGGGUGGCAACCGGCUGCUGGCGCUGCCCGCUGACUUCGCGCAGCUGCAGAGCCUGCGCUGCCUCUGGAUCGAGGGCAACUUCCUGCGCCGCUUUCCGCGACCGCUGCUGCGCCUAGUGGCGCUGCAAUCGCUGCAGAUGGGCGACAAUCGGCUGCGCGCGCUGCCCGCAGAGCUGCCACGCAUGACGGGCUUGCGCGGCCUCUGGCUGUAUGGCAACCGCUUCGAGGAGUUCCCGCCCGCGCUGCUGCGCAUGGGCCGCCUGCAUAUCCUCGACCUCGACCGCAACCGCCUGGGCGGCUUUCCCGACCUGCACCCGCUGCGCGCGCUGCGCGUCUUCUCCUACGACCACAACCCGGUCACCGGACCCCCGCGAGUUGCAGACACCGUUUUCCUCGUGGGUGAGGGUGCACUCGAACGCAUGGCAGAGCGCGACGAGCCUACGCCCCGGCCGCCGCCUCGGCGCCCAGCAAGGGUCUUUGACGAUGAAGAGGAAGAAGACCUGCUCAUAGGGGGCGCUGGGUCCCGGGCCCUGCGGCCCCCCGGGGACAGCCUCCGCGCCCUGGAAGGCGCUCCAGGACUGGGCACCUGAGAACCUCUACUCUGGGUGAUGGGCUUCUGCCACUCUGGGAGGAGGGGCUCUGGGAGACCGUGGCUGCCUGGAUUUUUGGGCACUGGCCUCUCCCUUGGGGCAGUGGCAAGAGAUGAAGCCUGGGGCCAUCUUUAGACACUCUUGGUUAGUGAGAAGACUGUCCUAGGCUGACCUCUGAGCAGUCUUCAGAUCAAGAAGUCUGGGCUCUGUCUAGUCUGGGGUAGAGCUGCUGACACAGAAGCGGUGCCAGCUUCCUCCUGGAGCCAGGGUCACUGCUCUCCACAGAAUCCUACCACUCACUGAAUCUGGAUAGACCCUUUGUGGUGCCAGAGCCACUACCUCUGGGGUGGACUGUGUAAGGAAGAACUUCCCUUAGUGGGAAGGCCUGGCAGAGGGGCAGAGCAUGGGAGUGGGAGCAUAGGCCCAGGACAGAAGAGGGAGAGGGACUGGGACUUCACACCAUAGCUGCCCUUACCCUUCCCCCAGGACAUCUUUGCUUACCUCCCUCCCCAGACCCCUAAUGUUUGCAUAGGGCCCAGAAGGCAGGGUCUCUUGCCCCACCUGUCAAUCUGGUCUCUUCUCCCGGCAUGUGCCUGGAAUCUUGCUGGGCAGAGAGCUCUCUCUCCCUUACCCACAGCCUGUGCCCUCAAGCUGUCAAGUUUGAAAAGAAGCCACUGUGCCUCCAGAGCCUCCUGCCCCAAAUAGAGGGGCUCUACACUCUGGGAGGCUGCUCAGCGCCUCUCCUGCUGAUGCCUGCACUCUCCAUUCCCUUAAAUGGGCACAGUCAGGGUGGCUGGGGUGGUGUGGGCCACAGGACGGGCACUGUGUGUCUCCACUCCGUCACCAGGGACAGCCCUGAGGGGGUGAGAAGACACCCGUGCUCUGCAGUUUCCCAGGACCAGAUCUUUCCCACUCAAGCAAUAAUGGGAGGAGGGGGCCAGGGCCGAGGACAC